CGACAAAUGAGUACCGGCGGUCCCCUUGAAAACAUUCUGCAAUAAAAAAAAAAAAAAAUUGCGAUUCGGACUGUUUUCAGAAAACAUUUUAUAUUUGAAAGCAGUUGUGUUGUUCUAGCGUGUGGUUUAGCAACAAGACAUGGCAUCUGAUCCUGAGCAAUUAACUCUGUCCUCUCUUGGAAAGGUGGGAAAGUCUUCGGGAGAGAUUGAUGGUGCAGAGGAGCCUCUUCUUAAUGGAAUCCAUCCUUCUGAAAACUAUUCUGUUAGUGCAGCGAUUCUCCCGUUUCUAUUUCCAGCCCUUGGAGGAUUACUAUAUGGUUAUGAUAUUGGGGCCACUUCUUGUGCCACAAUUUCUAUCGAGUCAGCUACAUUAAGUGGAAUUUCAUGGUACGACUUAUCUUCUGUGGAAAUUGGUCUUAUUACUAGCGGAUCACUGUAUGGGGCCUUGAUUGGUUCUGUUUUGGCAUUUAAUAUUGGUGACUUUCUAGGACGUAGAAGGGAGUUGAUUUUGGCAGCUAUCUUGUAUAUUGUUGGUGCGCUUGUGACAGCAAUUGCUCCUGACUUAGCUAUAAUGGUGAUUGGGCGUUUUGUAUUUGGCAUAGGAAUUGGAUUGGCAAUGCAUGCGGCUCCAAUGUACAUUGCUGAGACUGCUCCAAGUCAGAUACGUGGUCGACUAAUCUCUCUUAAAGAGUUCUUCAUCGUUCUUGGAAUGGUUGCUGGUUAUGGAAUUGGGAGCCUUUUAGUUGAUAUAGUAUCUGGUUGGCGCUACAUGUAUGGAGCUAGUAUUCCUUUGGCAGUGAUUAUGGGAAUAGGAAUGUGGUGGUUACCGGCAUCUCCUAGAUGGCUACUAUUAUGUGCCAUAAAGAAAAAAGAAAAUAUGCAAGACUUAAGGGAGAGGGCAAUAUAUUGCAUGUGCCGUCUUAGGGGCCAAGCUAUUGGUGACUCAGCACCUCAACAAGUAGAUGAGAUUCUUCUUGAGCUUUCUUAUGUUCAAGAAGAAAAAGAAGCUACAAUUGGAGAAAUGUUCCGAGGAAAAUGCUUGAAGGCCCUUACAAUUGGUGCAGGAUUGGUUUUGUUUCAACAGAUAACAGGGCAACCAAGUGUCCUCUAUUAUGCUGCAUCAAUCCUUCAGAGUGCAGGAUUUUCUGCAGCAUCUGAUGCAACACGGGUCUCAAUUCUACUUGGUUUGUUGAAGUUGGUCAUGACUGGAGCUGCUGUUCUAGUUGUUGACAGACUUGGAAGGAGACCUUUACUACUUGGUGGUGUUUCAGGGAUGGUUAUCUCUCUGUUCCUUCUGGGAUCAUAUUACCUUUUCCUGGAUGAUGCUCCUGCUGUAGCUGUUGUUGCACUCCUGCUGUAUGUAGGGUGUUAUCAGUUAUCUUUUGGUCCUAUUGGUUGGCUGAUGAUUUCGGAGAUUUUUCCUCUACGACUAAGAGGACGAGGAUUAAGCAUAGCAGUGCUUGUGAAUUUUGGCGCAAAUGCACUUGUGACAUUUGCAUUUUCUCCUCUAAAGGCACUACUAGGAGCUGGAGUUCUGUUCUAUGCAUUUGGAGUGAUAGCUUUGUUGUCUCUCGUCUUUAUAUUCGUGAUAGUUCCGGAGACGAAGGGACUCACUCUGGAGGAAAUUGAGGCGAAAUGUCUAUGCUAGAACACUUGAAUACUAUCAUCAGCCCUUGCCUAUUAGGUAUAGUGACAAUAAAAUAUCUGAUCCCAAGAAACAAAGG